CUUUACCUAUGAGGUACAUAUUUUUAUAUCAAAAUCAAGAUAUUUACUCUAUAUUUUGGAAAAAUCUAAAAACUGUUUAUCCAUUUUCAAUAUAUCAAGAACCAAUAAAAAUACCUUAAAUGUUAUAUAUUAUUUAUUUAGUAUACAUUACGUUAUUAUAAGUUUGUAUCUUUUAUAUUGUUAAAACUGUUUUAAUAAGGUAGGUUAUUUGGGGACAGCCUUUUCAAAAUAGGAUCCUAAUUUGAAACCCAAAUAAAAAAUAAUUAAUAGUCCAUAUUGUGCUCCCAAUACCUACUAAUUUACAUAACAGAAAUAAACGGUAUUGAAAACUGUUAUCCAUUUAAACAAACUGAUUCUUUCUUAAAAAUAUAACUGCCUAUUUAUUUUUAUACAACAUUUUAUAAAAGCAAUUAGCGCACGCAGUUCAGUGCACAAUGAAUAAAAUAGCGAUACAAUGCAUGUUUUUGUAUUUUGUAUACAACAAUUUCGUGGUGGGCCAAAGAGAACCAAAAUGUAAGUACCUAUACCAAGUUUUUUUUGUAAUUUGGUAGUUGUGUUAUUAAUUUUUUAGUUUUUGGAGUUGGUUUGGUGAGGUUUGAAAAUUCUGUGUGCACCAGCGUGGGAAAUAUGAUGGGAACAUGCUAUAGAAGAAGACAAUGCAGCAGCAUUGAUGGUAUAUCUUCUGGAUCUUGUGCCAAAGGCAUUGGAGUGUGUUGUGUUGUUCACAGGACCUGUGGACAGUCCUCAUCCUAUAAUAAUACAUAUUUUACCAACACAAACUAUCCAAAUUCCGAUACUGGUGGGACAAGAUGUACUAUGACUAUUAUCAGAUGUAAUCCGGAUAUAUGUCAGGCAAGAAUAGAUUUUUUAAGUCUGUCUCUGGCUCAACCAGACGCGAACGGGUUCUGCACUACGGAUGCCCUGCAAAUAACCGGAGGUGCUGGCACAGUGCCGGCGAUUUGCGGGGAAAAUUCCGGCCAGCACAUUUACGUGGACUUUAACGGGAACGACAACAUUCAAAUGGCGAUAUCGACUGCCGCGACCGCUUUAAUGGGCCGAAAUUGGAAUUUCAAAGUCACGCAGAUUGGGUGCGAUUGUCCCACAAGAGCCCCCAGUGGAUGUUUAAUGUACUACACAGCCCUUUCCGGCACUGUUAACAGUUUUAACUAUGGCACAACAUUAAAUGCCAUCAAUCCACAAACAGGAGAACCAGGAACUAAAGAAUUGGUUUUCGAAAACUACGGAGUUUGUAUCUCGAUGGCGCCCGGAUACUGCUCCAUAGAGUGGAGUCAAGCGGGCCCGAAUUCCUUUAUUACUACCGGAAGUCCGAGCGAGGAACCCGGAACUUAUCCUCCGGACGAAUGUCUGUCGGAUUUCGUCGUCAUUCCGAACCCCUAUUAUCCGAAUGGAACGGCCGUAGGGGGGGAUAGGUUUUGUGGAACGGCUUUCCCAACUGUUAUAACAUCUUCAAAACCCUUUGUUUUGACGGUAGUGACAAAUGGAAAUGAAACUGGAGAUCAAGGAAAUAUUGGAUUUUCUUUAAAUUAUAGACAACUCCCAUGUACUACCGGCCUCACCCAAAUGAAUAUUGGAUAAAAUUGUUUCAAAUUAAAUUAUUAUAAAUUUUUAAAAGUACCUAUAUCUGAUUUUUAUUUACUAUAAAAAUACAACAUACAAAAUAACCAUAUAACUGUAAAAAUUUAAAUAUGCACAAAUAUUGG